AUGUUGCGCCAUUUCCUGCGGAUCGAAAUCGACAACGAUCUGCUUACGGCAAUGGCGGAACGAUGGCGUCCCGAAACCCAUACAUUCCACCUUCCGGAGGGGGAAAUGACGAUCACCCUCAAAGACGUGGCGAUCCUCACCGGGCUUCCUAUUUCUGGAGAUGCCAUCAUUGGUUCCACGACCAAACCCGAAGGAGGUUGGGGGCCGCUCAUACGUGAUCGUUUGGGCUUCGACAUGCCGACCACUACACCAAUUCAAGGACGGGGGCAUCCACCGUUGAAUGCGGGCCAAGUGUCGGUCCCGUGGCUGGUAUCUCACAUGACGAGACACCGGAAGAACAAGUCGAGCGCUACGCCCGCAUCUACCUCAUCAGUUUGGUGGGUGGAUUUUUGUUCCCCGACAAGUCCAACCGGUGGAUUCAAGACACCCUCUAGAUCACGAGACGUGGUUGUGCAAGGUGCCAUUGAUCUGCUGGCAUAUGGUGGAAUGACACCUACCCGAUCGAUCCUUGAGGCAAUAUCGAAUGGAGCAACCAAUUCCACAAAGACCCGCCUCAAGGUUUCAGGGAGCUACAUGCUAUCGACCUCCAACACACUGCAAAGAACUGGCUCCUCAAGCAUCAGUUCUACAUCAACAUCUGGGAGAAUCGAUCCCAAUGGGUGGUGCAAGGGAUGCCGGAGACGAGACCGAUGGGCUACCACGAUGGGUACAUGCAGUGGUAUCGGAAGUUCACCAUGA